GCAGAGACACCUGCUGAACGCUGCGUGGAGACAGACGGGAGGAUGAUCGUGUCAGGAGAAACAGCUGUGCUCCACGAGACUUGGCACGGGAGAUGCCGCGCGCGCUUCGGGAGGCUCUUUCCUCACCUGACGCUGUGCUGCGCCUUAGUGGCUUACACGAUGCUGGGCGCCUUCAUCUUCAUGCUGGUUGAAGGGGGAAGUAAAUCCAGCACCAAAGAUGAAUACCGCAACUUUCUGUCGCAGAUUGUCGAGAUGGUCCAGAACGAUACCAAUAACAAUUCCUGCACACACAACCAAACAAUUGACAAAGUUGUGAGACAAAUGCAGGAGGGUUUCAAGUUUAUAUGGUUCCAGAGCCCCAGCAGAUGGGACUUUUUUGGUUCCGUCUUCUUCUGCUGCACUAUUUUUACAACUGUUGGAUAUGGAGACAUCUAUCCAGUCACCUUGCUUGGUAAAGUGCUCUGCAUCAUUUAUGCGAUGGUGGGCAUUCCUCUCAUGCUCCUGGUCGUUCUCGAUGUGGGAGACUUUCUCGCUUUUGGGAUGUCCAAAGCCUACAACCGCGCCCACACCCUCUUCAAGAAGUGGUUACGGUGGAGAACUCGCAGGAGAAGACACUGGUCAAACCGGCGGACUCUGGACGACGGCACCUUUGUUUUCAGGCACGACGGGGUGAUUCGCCAACCUCUCGAUAUCCAGCAGGUGCUGAAAUCUCAGGCAGAUGUUCGACACCACUCUAUUCAUCUCCAAAAAAACAAAGAUAUCUUUGAAAAGCUGCUGGCGAGAGAUAAUUUAAUGAGAAAGGAUCCACUGCUCAGGUCCCUCUCCUGCCCUGAACUCGACCAGAUGCCAAAACCACCUAGGGAAUUUGCCAUAUGGGAUUUCUCAGGGCUAGGCAAUGUAAUGGAAGACUUUGACGUUCCAUUUAUACUGAUUCUUUUCAUUGUAAUUGCAUAUAUUUGCUUCGGAGGUAUAAUCCUACCACUGUGGGAAACUGAGAUUGAAGGAUUUGACUCUUACUACUUUUGCUUCAUCACACUCACUACAAUUGGAUUUGGUGACAUCGUACCUGAAAACCACAAGUGCUUCUGGAUAACUUCCCUUUUUAUUGUUGUUGGCAUGAGCAUUAUGUCCAUGGCUUUCAAGCUAAGCCAAAACAGAAUUGUUUCUUUUUAUCAAAACUGCAUCCGGUUUAUUGGCCGGGCAAAUACUGAUGUGGAAAAUGUGGGAAAAAAGUAAGUCAAGCUCUUCUGAAUCAACUUUUGGGAUUGUGGAAUUUAGUAUUUCCUGGAUUUAAGCAAUUAUUUAUUGUGUGUUUUUCAUAAGCAUGGGUAAUUAUGAAGUCAUGCAUGUGGCAAACACUUUAUCCAGUGAAUAGCUGUCAUCAUUAAAAAUAUUUGUUUUCAAACAUUUAAA